CGGCUCCUCGACAGGACCAUGCCCUCGCCCUAGUUUCACCCUAUUGGGCCUUGACUUUAGCCCAUAGUAGACUCGGGAGGCUCCGCCAGCCCUGGAACACGGGGGUCGCCUUGUUCAUGUUGUUUUGGUACACUUGAGCCUGGUCUACGUCGACAGUGGCAGGAGCGGUCGUCACCUCGGUGACAAAAGCUGGAUCAGUCGUCGAGUCAGGAAUGGAGGUGUGUUUGCGGCUGCAUACGGUGCUGUUACCAGGUUUGCCUUGGUGUUUGGCAACCCCACUGGAAACGUUUCCUGCCACUUACAACGCUUCAUGGUAUGUAUCGGUUGUCAGAACUCCCUUGAGGUUUGCAUCCUUCGUUGAUGCGAGGGUGACGAUUUUGCGAAUCAGCCGGCACAUGGCCACCAUCUCGUCAACUGGCAGGUCCUGUCCGUCUUCUCGCACUGCAAGGACACCGCCGAUGAUGGUUGGCGUGGCAGCGAUUGCUGGCCGGAUAUCCUUGUUGGCUAGGCCCAUCAUCAAGUGGGAAGCUACGAAGUUCCUCGUGUCGCCUUGAACGCACUCCCAGCAGCCCUUGUUGGUCUCGAGAGG